CUGAGGAAGGAAACGCCUUGAGAGGAAAGGAGGAAACACAUCAACUCUGUUUUUUUUUUUUACACCAAAGUAGGUUCCCAUCACCAGCCGCCAUGGGGAAUAUGUUUGCAGGACUCUUUAAAAUGUUCGGGAAGAAGGAGAUGAGGAUUCUCAUGGUGGGUCUCGAUGCUGCUGGCAAGACAACUAUUUUGUACAAGCUCAAACUUGGAGAGAUAGUGACCACCAUUCCUACAAUAGGUUUUAACGUAGAAACAGUAGAGUACAAGAACAUCAGUUUCACAGUGUGGGAUGUCGGCGGUCAGGACAAAAUUCGGCCGCUGUGGCGUCACUACUUUCAGAACACACAGGGUCUCAUCUUUGUUGUGGACAGCAAUGACAGAGAGCGAUGCACCGAGGCCCGUGAAGAGCUCAUGAGGAUGUUGGCAGAGGAUGAGCUGCGUAAUGCUGUGCUAUUAGUGUUUGCCAACAAACAAGACUUGCCAAAUGCUAUGAAUGCAGCAGAACUGACAGACAAGAUGAACCUCCACUCCCUACGCGACAGACACUGGUACAUCCAGGCAACCUGUGCCACCACUGGGGACGGUCUCUAUGAAGGACUGGAUUGGUUGUCUAAUCAGCUCAAGAACCAUUAAUAAUUAUGUGCUAGCCACAACUAAUUUACUCCACCCGACCUCUGUCCUUGCUCUCUAUUCUUAAGGUGUUGCAAAACUGAGCUACCCUGUUCAAAAAAAAAUUAAGUACUGGAAGUUGCCCUCAUGUCAGCUGUUAUUACCACACACAUGCAGGCCAGUGGUAGGGAUGAUCUAUUCUUGUAAAGCUGUCAUCUUUUUUUUGUUUGUUUUGUUUUAUUUUAUGUAAUUGUAAAUAUAUUUGGUAAUGGGGCAGCUUAUUUUAUUUUUUCUACCGUGGUUAUUUCACUUGCUGGCUGUUGGGCAGCCAUGUGUGUGUUGAAAAAGAAAAGGGAGGCAUGGAAUAAAAAAUGUACCAGCAAAUGUUGAACCCAGGAUCUCAUUACAAUCUGAUGACUUAUCAUCUGGGCACAUGUACUGUAGGGAGUGAUCCACAAGGGUCUGUUGAUUUACAAAAACUGAAUUAAAUAUUGAUGCACUACUCGCAGCUACUAUGGUUACUUUUAAUAGUGACUACGAGUGCCCCCCCCCCCCUCCAAAAAUUUCUGUUUGAUAAACACUGGCAUUGACUAUUUGUACUCUGUACUGACAUCACUCUGUCCAAGUCGAGAACUCCUGUGAACACUUACCAGCCUUUGUUAUACAGUAUGCCUGUUUGAAUUUUAGAAAUGCUGUGAUGAGCUCAUAUUUUGUGGUGGUUUGGAGGGCAGUUUUUUGAGUCAGCGUUGGGUUUUUGUAUUCCUAUAAGUCUCAGGUUGAUCAUGUUCUGCCGAUGUACUUGUUAGCAAAACUGCAUGAUGUGAUCUGUUUGUCUUUAAGGGCAUGCAUAAAUGGACUGGCUGUUUACAUCAUUAGGCUGCACAAGAACUAUUACUCCAAUGAUUGCUUAUUUCAACAGCCCUAUACUGUAACUUGUGUGUACUGUGUGAGGAAAGAGUAACAAAAGGAGUUUCACACUACAAUGUCCCUUGUGUCCUAACUAAAUGCCCUAGCAAGUCAUGCCUUUUUUAAUUCAGUUAUCACAAUGUGGGAAGUGGCGUUCGAUGGCAAUACGAAAUCAGUUUCAACUACAUGUUCAGCUUUGUGCGCUUAUUUCUUCCUUUGCAGCACAUUGUCCUUGGCGUUAACAGGAAGCCAUACAUAUGCCUUCUUAUCCAAGACACAUGUUGCCUCUUUAUUUUCAAGCUUCUUUUCUAAAAGGUGUGGGUGUUACUAUACUAUUCUGAAAAUGUCUUGGGGGUGCAUUUCACUUUUUUUGAUUUAUAACUGCCUAAAUGUUAAAAACUAUGUUAAUCUCAAUUUUGUUUUAUGUAAAGCUUUUGUUUUGUGAGGAUAAAGCACUGUAAUUAAAGCGACUGGAUAAAAAUG